UUUUUUUGGAAAAGAAAAUGAAUUUCUCAUACAUCUACCGUCGCCCUUUCUUGUCUUCCAAUCUUCCUUCCCUAAAACCCACCUUCCCUCCCUCCUACCCACCUCAUCUCUCUCUUUACUCUCUCGUCUCUUUACAUGGCGGCGAAGCCAAAAUAAACCGGAAUUCCUCAAUUAACAACCAUGCCGACCUACACUGCAAUCGCGCUAGAAAACCUACUCGAGCCUAGAGUUCGGGAUUCCCUCAAGAAGCCCGAGCCGGAGGGCCCGAACCCAGAGAAUGGGCGCUCGAGGCACCUGUACAUAUCCCCGGCCCUUUAUGCCACGCCGGAGCAGUCACCCAUACCCGAGUACUCCUCGCAUGACCCUCCCUCCCCUUCUCCUUACGUUGCAAAUCACAAGCGCCGCGGAGGAGGGCAUGUCAGAAUUCCGGAAAUGCGCCGCGGCGGUGACGAAACCGAGGGUUCUAGUGUGGAGGAGGAGGAGGCGGAGAAGUUUUUGAACGAGGGCGUUGACGGUGUAGCUGAGGAGGAUGAGGGGUGUCUCGAUCCGAUGAGUGAGGUGGCGAGUGAGUUGGAUGCAGCUGAUUUGAGCCAAAUUCAAAUGGAGAGCCGCAGCUUCGUUUCGGCGCAAGGGGAAUUCUUCGACGCGAUCGAUGAGUUCUCCUCUGAUGGGUCCACUUCAAACACACCAUCAUGUGAUCAUAGACUUGAAUCAGAAUUGCAUGCGUCAAGGCUCAAUCUUCUUGAGGAAAUUGAAAAGAGAAAGAUUGCAGAGGAAACUUUUCUUUUGAUGCACAGUCGGUGGGAGAAAAUCAGGAUCCUUAUGUCUGAAGCUGGACUUACUUUUCCUGCUCCUCCUGCUAUUAGUGAUGGCAUGCAGCUCGAGGAUCAGGAAGUGGAUAAAAUGUCCCAGGAAGUUGUUGCUGCUAAAUUUGUUGCUGAAGCAGUUGGAAGGGGUCUAGCACGCGCUGAGGCUGAAGAAACUGCUUCGGCGAUCAUUGAAUUGAAAGACCUGGAGAUCCUCCGGCUACGUGAUAGAUUGCAGUACUAUGAAACUGUUAAUCAUGAAAUGUCCCAGAGGAAGCUUGUUGAGGUCGCACGUAGACAACAAGAAAGGAAGAGUAGAAGGAGGUGGCUAUGGAGUAUUAUGGGAAUGGCAUUUGGAAUUGGGGCAUCAUUGGCUGCUUAUUCAUAUAUUUCUCAUACUAGUGAAUCUGUGUCAACCCAAGAGUGUGGCGACUCUGCUGACUCCUCCUCUUCUAUUGUCCCGCUGGAGACCUCCUGUGGCCAUUAGCGUAGCUGGUGGUAAAUUUGUUGACUUAUCUUUUGAAUUUGCGGUACAUUUUCUCUAGCUAGUGUUGGAUCAGAGCUUAGGUAGGUAGAUCAAUGGCUAAAGCCUCUUGGCUGCAUUUGUUCUCUUCUUACCACUUUUUCAAGAUUGCUCGCAGCAACGCAGAGAGAAGUUUAGUUUAGUGAGUUAUCUAUUAUCGGAAGCAUGGUGUCUGAUGUUGAAUUUGAUACCUGUUAGUUAGAACUUUCAUUUCGAAACUACUGAGUAACGUGUAGCUAAUUUCCCGAAUUGAGUCAGGAGUUAUACAGUGCUAGAUUGCUUAA